AUGCCUAUAAUGUCGAAAGUUACCGGUGGCGACUAUAAAUAAGCUUAUAUACACACAAACAUGGUAAAUCAUUGAUCGAAACUAGUGGUUUUAAACGUUAUAAGCCCGGCAUACCCUCCUGAAAACAUGAAAAUGGGUGGCACAUUCAAACAUAGAUCUAUAAAAUCAGCUAUUAAAGCAUUUUAUCUGAUACGUGAGGCAUAUAUGCCACUCCUGAUAUUAUUCAGUAAUUGUAAACAUUGACAGAACGAAUGGCCGAAUUUGCGGAUCUAUCGGGGUCUGUUCAAGGCGGGUCUGAUGCCGAUUUUGAGAAAUCUUGCCACCCAUGUUCUGGCCCUUGUUUUGACGUUGGACGCAGAAUGGAAGCGACAAAAUAUUGCCCACAGUGCAAGGAAUAUCUAUGCACUGCAUGUACGCGAUGCCACACACGUUUCACAGCAACAAGAGAACACCAACUUACAGACCCAGUGAAACAUAAUGGUUCGGGAAAAGGGAAAAGGGCAAAGGCUAUUCUAAAUCCCAGCUGCAGUUUGCACUCAGACAGAGAAAUUGAGAUGUUCUGUGGCUCGCAAGAUAUGGUGUACUGUGCUUUAUGUAUCGCUAAAGAUCACAGAUUAUGUAAUAACGUGAGCGAGAUAGCAGAAGCCGCCAAAUGUAGAACAUUAGCUCAUACAUCUAUCGGAGACAAGAUUAGCUAUCUGCGAGACGAGCUGGUGGUUGCUAAGGAAGAGAAAAUAGGGAACAUACAAACCUUCGGGACGGAAAAGAACGAGCAUCUGAUGAAAGUUAAACGAACAAGCAGGAAGAUUAUUUCUCAUAUUGAGAGGCUUAGGGAUGAAGCGUCCACCUCCAUUGAACGUAAAUACGAGAAAAUAGAGCAAGAACUUCAAGCCGACACCAUGACUAUCACUGAAGCAAUAGAAAAAUUAGAUAAGUCUAGAGAGCAGAUUAGUUCUUUGGAAAACCUAAAUCAGACACAACGGUUUGUGCAGGAGAAGAUACAAAAGCAACUGUUAGCAGGUAUUGAAAAGCUAAGUAUCAGCACAAAACAAAAGAAAGCUAGAGCGAUACAGUACACGGCAAAUGAGGGGCUAAUCGAACAAAUCAUAGCGGCAACCUUCCUGGUAAAAAUUGAGGAAAGGAGACAAACAGAAGAAAGAAGCCUGAACAAAGAACCGUUAAAGAUUAAAUCAAAAAAAGAAGUAAAUAUAAAGAAAAAGGAUGAUAAAGAUACCUGUUGGAUCAUCGGAAUAUGUCAGCUUCCCGAUGGCACUAUUAUAUUGGCUGACGAGAAAAACAGGACUAUUAAAAGGCUUGAUAAUGAUUACAAGGUGAAAGAUCACUGUGAUCUAGGCAGUGGGCCUCUUGGUAUUUGCUGUUCUGGUGAAUUAGAAGUAGCUGUUAAAGUCGGCGGGAGUAAGGAUGGAAAAAUACAAUUUGUACAUUAUGCAGUUGGGAAGAUAGCAGUGGACAAUAUGGCAGAAGAAGGUGGUUGCAAUGUUUCCGUGCGGGGUUCUGAUGCAGAAUUUGAGUAUGCGUGUACACCGUGCACAGAAGACGGUAGCAAUCAAGAAGCAGUGAAAUACUGCCCGGAAUGUAAGGAAUAUCUUUGUGCAGCAUGUACAAAAUAUCAUAAAAAGUUUUCCGCAACGAAGAAGCACAACCUGCUUGAAAAAGACUUACAGAAGCACGAACAUACUUUUGAAACCAGUGUGGGAGUAGUGAAGAAAAGAGACAAAUGUGCAGCUCAUGCGGAACGAGAUAUUGAGAUGUACUGCGGUUCACAUGAUAUGGUAUAUUGUACUCUAUGCAUUGCUAAAGAUCACAGGUCAUGUACAGAUGUGUUUGAAAUUGAAGAGGCAGUCACCCGCUUUUCUGUACAGUCAGACGAGAUUAUGGUUGAAAAGGUUGAAAGUGUGUUGAAGCAAAUGAUUGAGAUGAAACAAAGCAAAGAUGAAAACAUCCAAACGGUCGAGAAGCAAAAUAAAGAAAUGCAGAUGAAAGUACAACAAACAAAAAAUAAGCUUAUUCAACACGUUGAAAAGCUUGCUGACGAAACAACAAAGACUGUAGACACUUUGCACACCAGUCUUAUACAAGAGUUAGCAAAUGAGCGGGAUACUGUAUAUAAAAGUAUUACAACGUUAGAAAACUGCAGACGACAACUGGAUUCCUCGGGGAACUUUGAUAAAAGCGAACAGUUUGUGAAACAAAAGCUACAUAAUGGUAUUUUGUCUGCUGCUGAAAACCUUUUUGAUGACACUUGUCAGUUUGAAUCAAAGAAAAUCACAUGCAAAGAGAAUGAUGUGUUAAUUGAUCAAAUUAUGAGUGCCACGUCCCUGAUACAAGUAGAAAGAAACGUAGUUCAGAAGCCAACCUUGAAUUUACCACCUAGUGUCAAGUCGGUGAGUACAGUGAGUGUAAAGGAAUCUUCGGAUACGGAAGUGUGUAACAUCGUGGGUAUAUGUCAGCUUUCAGACGGAACCAUUAUUCUGGCAGAUUGCGCUAACAGUAAAGUUAAGCGACUUGAUGAUCAGUACAGAGUCAGUGAUCACUGUGUCCUAGAGGCAGGUCCGACGGGAAUAUGUUGUACUGGCAUAAACGAGGUAGCUGUGAAGCUGGCGAAUAAUAAGGUACAGUUUGUGUCAGUUGGUGCUCAGAUGUUAAAAACUAGGGCAUUUGACAUUGAAGGCGGUAUAUAUAUUGGAUUCGUCAGGUUUGCUGAUACAUUAUGGAGUUAUAAUGGAAAUGGUGCAGAUAUUUACUGCAAAUCUGGCACGCUGUUGAAGACCCUGAAGAAUGAUUCGCCCGGGAAACAGUUAAUCAAAUCAACAUCAUCGACCCGUGUAUUCCCAGUCGCCAGUAAUAAAUCAUCCGUGUAUGUGUCAGACUUGGGUAGCAGAGUUCUUUGUCUCGACGCUAGCGAGAAUGUAGAUAUGAUGCUGACAGAAACAAAGCUCAAAGACAUAAAAGCAGCGUGCAUAUCCAAUUAUGAUGUUAUGUUUGCGGCUGGAUAUUCAUCGCAUAAUAUCAUGAUGUUUGGAAGUGACGGCAAAUCUCUGGGUGAAUUGAUAGCAUCUGACCAGGGAAUCGGGUAUCCUAAGUCAUUGUGUUACGAUAGAAAAAAACAUAAACUGGUUGUCGGUUGUGCGAACAAUAUUUCGGUGAUAGAUCUCAGUGUUUGACGUUCUGUUGAAAGGCUUAUGAAAGUAUAUUUAGGUAAUGUAUAAACACACCUGUUGACAGUCGGAAGUGGUAAAGUGAACAAUGUUGCUUGCCUCGAUGAAUGUGAGAAUAUGAAUCUGAAACAAAACAAAACGUGCAUUUCAAGUGAUUGAUUUGUGUUUGUUGCAGACGUUUUGUCUAACAACAUCACCUUGUUUGAAAGUGAUUGCAGUUAAUGUAUGACUGAACUGGUAGCUCAAAAGCGGGGAGUAAAGAAUCCCUAGUAGCUUAGUCCGCGUGACAAUACAUAAAAUGUACCAAGAAACAAUAACUGACUGUUAGCUGGUAUUGCGUAUAUAGAUUGACUUUUGAUAUUUGAUGUGCAUUUCAAGUGAUCGAUUUGUGUUUGUUGCAGACUUGUCCAGCAACACCCCCGUUUUUAAAAGUGAUUGCAGUUAGUGUCUAACUGAACUGGGAGUAAAGAUCCCUAAUAACUUAGUCUGCGUUACAAUACCAAGAAACAAUAACUGACUGUUAGCUGGUAUUGCAUGUAUAGAUUGACCUUUGAUAGUUGAUACCUUUAUUCCAGUGUUUAUGGUUGCUUUAGUUUAGUUAUAGUUAAAGUUGAACGUUUUAUUUUUCUUAUAAUAUUUUUUAUUUAGUAAGAUGACUUUGUACAUUUCCCUCCUAUUUAGUCAUGGUUUGCCAUGUAGUUUCCUUAGUGUCAACUGAUAAUCAUUUCUAGGUUAAGCACGAAGAAAAUCAUACUUAUACAUAGAGGAAAAUUUCUAGCAUAUUUCAAGUGGUUUUCACUAUAUAAAUGGAAUCACUUUGGACUUCGCAACAUACAAAUGGCUUGGGCAUGUCCUGACAAGUUGAUUAUAUCAAAGAGCUAUAAAAUAAACGUAUUUCAUAAAUCUUUGAUUCUAUGAUAGAAUUACAGAAGUGAUGACAGCCAUUCCAUAGCCAGACAACCCUGCAAAAUGUUAUUAUUAUUAAUCUAAUAUGAAAGUAUAUUUCGGACAUGCGUACGGAGCAAAGUGAAUGUUAUUAUAAUUAAUCUAACAUUAUAGUAUGUUUCGGACAUUCUAAUGUAGAAAAGUGAAUGAAAAUACAUUUUAUCGAAUCGAUCUGUUUUAAAACAAAAUGAUGCGAUAUCGGUCACAAAUAAUAUUAUCCUAUGCUGCAAGUAUUAAUUUUGCAGUCGCCAUCAAAAAGAAAAAAAUAUACUUGUUACAAAAUCAUAUGAAACAAUAUUUUCUAAAAUACAUUGUUGCGAGUUCAAGUGGCUGAUUAAAAUAUUUGCUAAGUGUAUCAUUAUUUUCACUUUUUACUUCUCAUUGUUUAAUUAUACUAAUUAUACUUUUUAUUUGUUACAAUAUGAAUUAUACUAGUAAUUGCCGUUCAUAUGUUCUGUUGUAUUCCUCAAAUAUAAGUAUAUUUCAUUUACAGUGGAAGUAAUUCCAGCAAGUUGUUUUAUUGCCUUUUGCUCAGACCCAGCCAUCCUGGAUGAAAAUGUGUUAUUUAAAACAGUUAAUAGCAAGUACAUAUCUUGUAGUUUAUUUAAGAAGUAGUUUAAUUAUUUCAUUUAGAGAUCUGUCAUUGAAUGAAGUCAGUGCUGUGCCCUCGUUAUAUAAUAAUACGCAUCCGAAUGACAAUGACUUUAUCCAAGAUUCUAACACGAUCCGAUUCAUUUUCCUAUUAAACAAAGAAGGCUGGAAACAGUGAAUUAUUAAACAACAAUUCACUGUUCUGACGUCACAACUAUUACGUCAUAGUGUC